AAGGGACUCAGCGCUUGCGACAGACAUACGACAAUAUAUCCUCACCAGAGAUGUGGACCAAAUCGGUGGACCAAACACGACAGGGACGGGUCGCGCACUGGCCUGGCCCUUUUAUCUGCCGCUCCUGGGACGAGGAUUGUUCUCCAUUCCCCUUCACCCCUCUUUACCUUCUGGCCUGACUUGCUCACCUUCAAGAGCUUUCUUUCCUUCACUAUAUUGUCCGACUGGCUUGGCUGGACUGCACAUUCUUUCAUUCUACGCGCCAAUCCGGCACCUCCUCUCCCUCAGAACACACUCCCUUCUGCUUUCAUCUUCCUCGGCCGGCUGAUUUGCGAAACACUUUAGAAGCAGGAAGAAACGAGGAUGAUUCUCUCCUUGAUCAUAGCUGCUUCUCUUUCGGUGCUGCCUGCGGCAGCUCACCUCGCACCAUUCCAUCCUUCGAUGUAUGGCUUUAACUGGACGACUUUACACAUCUCCACAUCGUAUGACAACCGUCCCGUCGCACCCCUUAUGGGUCUCACCUUCUCUGAAUGGUGGAUGCACGGACACAUGGACCUCCCUCCGAACCCGGGCGACUUCCUCGAGCUCCCAGCGGGUGGCAAUUUCCAGGUGCAGAUGGCGUGCGAUAAGAGCGCUACAGAUUAUUGGAACACCAGCGGGCAGGCAGAUUUCAGAGAUGGGGAAUGGCCAUGUCCUGGAGCGAGUUCCGUCGAAUUCCACACGAAGGACAUCACCGACACCAAAGGCUGCGCGUUUGGCAUCGCCUACAAAUCCGACAUCUAUUCUGUGACGCCAAACGACAUCACUAUCUUCACUGUGAACUAUACGUGCCCCUGGUACCGGACGCAGUGGUUCGAAGUACCCGCCGACCUGCCCCCGUGCGACGACUGUAUCUGCACGUUCAACUGGAUCCAUUCUCCUGAUAGUGGAUCACAGCAGAUCUACCAGAAUGGGUACAAGUGCAAGGUGCUGAAUGAUGGGCCGGGAAAACAGCUCCAGACCCCGCAGUUGGCAAGGAGGUGCGGGCCGGACCCGUAUCUCAACAGACCGGCAAAUGCGAGCAACUGCACGGGAGGAGUGGAAGGAGGCGCAAAGCUGGGCAUGUACUGGCUCCAGGCGGAUGGGAAUAACAUGUUCGAAGAUUAUUACCACCCGCCGCUGUAUGACGACCUGUACGGGUUCAUGGACGGCGCACAGACGGAUAUCUUCGUACGCGACGGCGCAGCCCCCACAACCACCACUGCCUCCAGCUCAACUAUGGGCGUCGGUUCCGCAACGACGAGUACGGCAACCACCUCGGGUUCGUUUAGCAGCUCCAGCUCCAGCUCGUCCGUGGCGACGUCUUCGGUGUCCGGAACUAGUGGAUCGAGUACCAGCACCGUCUCGUCCACUACCACCUCUUCCACCCCCACGUCCUCCGUCGCUGCUCCGGCGGGCGCGGGUGUGUCAGCGCCCACGCCCCACACCCAGCCAUCCAGUAACACAUGUGGGACGAUGCGCAAGCGCACCCUUUCUUCAAGAAAUAACACCAAGCCCUCCAAAAGGGACGGCAAGAAAAAACUGUCUUCGAAACGGUCUAAACGUGCAGCCGGCGAGAGAGCAAAACGUCAUAGCCGCAGAGAGGGAAAGAAGCGGCAUGCGAAGAUUCAUUAAGCACACCUUCGGGAACGUGGGCCACUCGGGUGGAGUGGCACAAAGGUCGACGUUCCUUGAUGGGACAUCAACUGUUCUUGGGAUAUCCAGCUGGCGCGAGUCGCCAGCCUUCACUCUGAUCAACAUCCACUUGGGGGAUUAGGUAGGCUCUCUGAACGGAAUUUGUUCGCCAGGCGCGAGUCGCCAGCCGUCGAGCAACGCAUCUUUCUGGGCUGUCUGAUGUUUGUUGUACAACCGUCAUUUUG